GGACCUGGCAGCCCUGAUUGUUGAAUAACACCGUCCAUGUGGAGAAUAACGUAGGCCAACAAAUGACGGAGCUGACAGGGCACAGGAAUGGGCAUGAUGCUCCCACCGGGUUGGAUAGGCGGGUCCUACCGUCAGUUGUGCCACUCUAAAUCGGCCACGCCCCCUUUUCGCGUGUUGUUUUUCGGCACAGAUCGAUUUGCAGUCCAAACGCUCCAGGCCUUACGCCAACAACAACUGAGCCCACAUGGAGCCGUGUCCCAGUUGGAGGUGUGCAGUCCUCCCAUGCGACAUCUGGUGCCCAAAGUCCGGGCAUAUUCGGCCCAGGAAGGCUUGAUUUUGCAUGAUCAGUGGCCACCUCCCAUCAAGACCGGCACGUUCGAUUUAGGCAUCGUGGCUUCAUUUGGCAAAAUGAUUCCCCGUCCACUGAUUCAAUCGUUUCCUUUAGGAAUACUCAAUGUUCACGCCUCUCUAUUACCGAGAUGGCGAGGCGCCUCGCCCAUUGCCCACGCCCUAAUGCAUGGGGACACCGAGACCGGGAUCUCCAUCAUGGAGAUUGAGCCUCAUCAUUUUGAUGUGGGAGUCGUAUUAGCGCAACAAAAGUGUGGGAUUGGCCCGAAUGAAACUCGCCAGACAUUGACUGAUAAGCUAAGUGUAAUGGGAGCCAAUCUCAUGAUUCAAGUCAUUCAAAAUCUGUCGUGGUAUCGAGGUCAAAAGCAACCUCAGAGCACCAAGGGCGUCACGUACGCUCCUCACAUUGACAAAACAUUCUUUGAGAUAAGAUGGGAGGACAAAACUGCCCAAGAAAUCUUCAAUCAAUAUCGAGCCCUCCAUGAUAUGUCGAAAUUAUGGUCCUAUUGGGCGGAAAGUGGACAUAUUGUGCGAUUCUCUAGUAUCAUUCAUCCAGACAUAAUUCGUGAUCUCAAUUGUGAACAGGUGUGCCCAGAGGCGUUGCCUGGGCGGACCAUUCACAUCAAGUGCUACAGGACUAAAGACCACUUCGUUUGCAUCAAGGCCAAAAAAGGUUGGGUCGCCUUUCAAGAGUUCUACUAUGACAAAAGGAAAGUGAUGAAAGCUGUGGAUUUUUUUAAUGGGUUCAUUUCAAAGCACGAAAAUCAAAGGGGCUUAUAUUUCACUAGAAUGACUCCGACUUAGUGACAUGAUGACAUUUAAUAAAUGAUGCAAGUUAA